AUGGUGUCCACGACGCCGAAAGUAGACCUUGAGAUGACCUACGCUUCCAUUAGCCUCGCAACAUCUCUCUCCUCACGCUUGCGAAGCUGCGCAUCCUUAUCUGCGUUGCGUGCUGGCCAACAAGCCCACGCCCAAGUCCUGGCUCAUGGCCUCCUUCCGCAUGUCACCCUUGAGACCGACCUCACGCUCAUGUACGCUCGCUGCUCCAAUCUCCCUCUCGCCCGCCAGGUGUUCGAUCGAAUGCGCCACCGGAACAUGCAUUCUUGGAACAUCCUCCUCUCUGCCUACGUCCAGGCCUCCCUCUUUGAUGAUGCACUCUCGCUUCCCCGCUCGCUCCUACACUCUGGCCUUCGCCCCGACCACUUCACGUUGCCUUCCCUUCUCAAGGCCUCCGCCGCCAUCGGAGACUCCUUUCGCGGAAUGACAUUCCACAACUGGGCUGUAUGCCUUGGGCACGAGGAGAAUGUCAUCGUUAGGAGCUCCAUCUUGGAUAUGUAUGCGAAAUGUGGGAGCCUGGAUGAUGCUCUCUACUUAUUUGAGACAAUGCCUAAUAGGGAUAUCGUUAUGUGGAAUUCUAUUAUUUCGGGGUAUGCAAGGGUUGGGUGCUCAGCUCAAGCGUUGGACCUUUUCCGGAGGUCGCAAUGGGAGGUCGAAGAGCAGGACUUCAGGGCCAUUCCGAGUGUCCUGAAUGCAUGUGGUCGGGAAGGAGACUUAAGAAGAGGGCAGGAGGUUCAUGGGCGAGCUGUUCGGUGCUGCUUAUUUGAUUCCAACGUUGCUGUAGGUAAUUCUUUGAUUGAUAUGUAUGCUAAGUGUGGAUGUGAGAAUGACUCGUGCAAAGUUUUCUCAAGCAUGGGCGAGCAGAAGAACAUAGUGACAUGGUCAACUUUGAUCUCUUGCUAUGGAGUUCAUGGUGAAAGAAACAAGUCACUGGCACUGUUUGAAGAAAUGCUAGCACAAGGGAUGAAGCCGAAUCAUAUAACGUUCACUUCAGUCCUGUCUAGCUGUAGCCACUCAGGCCUUGUUGAAGAGGGCCGGAGGAUCUUCGACUCGAUACGGGGAGUUCACGAGGUGGAGCCAAGCAUCGAGCACUAUGCAUGUCUGGUUGAUCUUAUUGGUCGUUCAGGGAAUGUCGAAGAAGCUCUGGAGAUGAUACACAGGAUGCCGAUGGAGCCGACUGCUAGUGUUUGGGGAGCACUGCUGGGUGCUUGUGUGGUGCAUAAAAAUGUGGAGGUUGGAGAGAUUGCUGCCUUCAGGCUUUUUGAUUUGGAAGCUAGGAAUCCUAGCAACUAUGUGGCUCUCUGUGGCAUAUAUGAAGCAGUUGGUCGACUGGAUUGUGUUGCUAAAGUGAGAGUGAGGAUGAAAGAAUUGGAAAUGGUGAAGACACCAGGAUGCAGUUGGAUAGAUGUGAAGGGGAGAUUGCAGGCUUUCUAUCAAGGGGAUGUCUCUCAUCCUUCAGUGAAGCAUAUCCAUGAGAUGUUGAAUUGGUUAACUCAGACAAUGACCACUUCAACUAUGGUUGAUUUGGAUUGGCAUUUGUGAAUAUUUUCUCAUGCCAAGUCUUGUGAAGAUGGCAAGAGAUAUAGAUGGACUUGGAGUUACAGUGAUGAUACAGCCAAGUAAAGCAUACUACACAGUCUGUGACCACAUGCCAUCUGAUUCAAACUGCAGUGAUCUGAUCAGGUAAGAGAUACAUCAGACCAUAACUGCAGACAACAUGAUUUUGGUAUGACAAUAUGAAGCUUGCCAUAACUAAGAAUCAUAGUAUCCAAAAGUUACAGCAUCCAUCUUUUGCCAUGAAAGAAGUCGACGGAAGAACACAUCCAAACCCUGUACAAAUUCUUAAAGGAGUUCGAUCAUUCUCAGCCAGGAAUGUGGAGAAGAACACAACAGGUUACAUCUUACUGCUUCCAAGAAGUCUUUUACAUUAGACGAUGAAAGAAUACCUUUAUGAUGCUCUCAAGAUCAGAGGAUACAACUGAAGGUUCAUCAAAUGUAAUGAGAUAACACUAUACAAGCACAAACGUUCCAUCGGAUCAUGGCACUAUAAUUGGAUAUAUGUUUCAUCAGAUAUAAUUGGAUAACAUUAUACAAGUGCGAAUGUUCCAUCGGAUCAUGGUGAUGGCACUAUAAUUGGAUAUAUGUUUCAUCAGAUAUAAUUGGAUAACAUUAUACAAGCGCGAAUGUUCCAUCGGAUCUGCCGUGUUUGCGAUUAAGACUUGUUUAGCAGAUUGUUGUAUGCAGUGAACAGGGCAUGAAACACAUCUCCUUUCUUCUCUUGGGCAGCUGGACUUUCUUGGGAGUUAGAUUCUGCUGACUCUGCCUUAUCAGUCUUGACUGGGGCUUUUACUUCUGGUUUCACUGGUUCUGCAUUUGCACCACUCACUUCAGUAUUUGUUGCCAGAGAAGGAACAGAGGUCUCCUUCUGUGUGGCAUUUGAGAUGGCUUCAUCAGCUUCAGUGUUGGAGACUUUGGUAGGUUGUUCUUCUGUUUCAUGAGAGGUGCUGCUUCGUCUGUUGCUUUGUGCUCAAUCACUUGUUCUAUUUCGAGAGGUACUGCUUCAUCCA